UUAUUUGAGAUCACAGUGCCUCUUUCUCAUGGCCCCAAACCUGUAACCGUCAGCUUUUCCAAUCACACGUCCUGCCGAUGCAUGUCGAAGUUGGAUGUUUACAGACAAGUUCAUUCCAUCAUAAGACGUUCCUUGCCAGCAACACAAACUCAGUGUCAUGUGGCAAACAAGACCUGUCCAAAAAAUCAUAUUUGGAAUAAUCAAAUUUGCAGAUGUUUGGCACAGCAUGAUUUUGGUUUCUCUUCCCAUCUUGGAGAUUCUGACCCAUCUGAAGGAUUCCAUAUUUGUGGACCAAACAAAGAGCUGGAUGAAGAAACCUGUCAAUGUGUCUGCAAAGGAGGUGUACGACCCUCAAGCUGUGGACCUCACAAAGAAUUAGACAGAUCAUCAUGUCAGUGCAUGUGCAAAAACAAACUUCUCCCCACUUCCUGUGGGCCCAACAAGGAAUUUGAUGAAGAAAAAUGUCAGUGUGUUUGUAAAAAGACCUGUCCUAAACAUCAGCCACUAAAUCCUGCAAAAUGCAUCUGUGAAUGUAUAGAAUCUCCCAAUAAAUGCUUCUUAAAAGGAAAAAGGUUCCAUCACCAGACAUGCAGUUGUUACAGACCACCGUGUACAGUCAGAACGAAACGCUGUGAUGCUGGAUUUUAUUUUAGUGAAGAAGUGUGCCGCUGUGUACCCACAUACUGGAAAAGACCACUUAUGAAUUAGUGAAGAGAGCACUACUCACUAUUUUGGCGGACGUUUUUCCACUAGAACAAAAGAACAACAGAAACUUUGCUAAUAUUUGGAAUUAAAUGUUCACCAGAGACCCUGUGGGACUUUCAGAGACAGACUCAUUGUGCUUUUCUCAAGAUGUGGAAAGCAAAUGUAGAAAAUAACUGGGGUUCAUGUUUUGUAAAGAACUCAAUAAGGACUUAUUUUCUGCCAAUGACCAAACAGCCUAGGUUCUUCUUGUGAUUUUUUUUGUUAAAGAGAUAAUGACUAUAUAAUUUAUUUCCACUAAAACCAUUGUGCAGCAUUUCUGUUUAUAGCAGUAACAAUUGUUAAAACUCACUGUGAUCAAUAUUUUUAUAUCUUGCAAAGUAUGUUUAAAAUAAAAUGGAAAUUGUAUUAUAUAAUGGUGAUAA